AUGCCCCUUGAUACCUCAACUUACUCGCUCAGCCUUCUCCGCGUCGACGGCCGCCGGUGGAACGAGCUGCGCCGGCUGCACGCCCAGAUCCACACCCAGGCCGCCGCCGAUGGCUCUUCGUACCUUGAGAUGGGCCACACAAAGGUCAUGUGCGUCCUGUCUGGGCCUUCAGAGCAGCAGCAGAAGCGCGGACAGGCUGGUGCUGGCGGUGCGCAGCGUGACACAGCCGCCAUCAACGUGAGCAUCAUGGUCGCCGGCUUUUCCUCUGUGGACCGCAAAAAGCAUGGACGCAACGACAAACGCAUCCAGGAACUUGAGAUCACAAUCGCCAAGGCCUUCUCCUCUGUGGUUCACACCCACCUCUUCCCUCACUCCACCAUAUCUCUCGCCCUGCACGUCCUCUCAUCCGACGGCUCUCUGCUCGCCGCCCUUAUCAACGCUGCCACUCUCGCCCUAGUCGACGCCGGCAUCCCAAUGUCAGACUACAUCUCCGCCUGUACUGCCGGUUCCACAUCCUCGUACGCCGCCGGUGACGACUCGGCUGACCCUCUGCUCGACCUCAACUCUCAGGAAGAGCAGGAGCUUCCCUACCUUACUGUUGCAACACUCGGGUCUGAAGACCGUAUCGUCGUCCUCGCCUGCGAGAGUCGUGUUCAGGUCAGCCGUCUCGAGGGCAUGCUGGUAGUCGGUAUCGAUGGAUGCAAGGAGGUUCGGCAUCUAUUGGAUCGCGUCGUUAGAGAGAGGGGUGCUCAGAUGAUUCGCGACGGUGUCGUCGACCGAAGCGAUACCAUAGCCGCCGGCCUAGAUGAUUGA